AUGACCCUCACAGGCAACAUCACAACUAUAUUUUGUGUCCUUGUCAUUCUUUGUACCACCGUCGUUAACGCCAUUCCGUUAGAGUGGUCUGAGCCACUAGCCCACAAGUCACCACACCAACGGGUGCUGCAAGAAGACCUUUUGCCGCAUGCAAGGUUCGCCCCCACAAACGCUAGCACAACAGCACACACAUGCCGUUCUGGCGUGUACCUUGAAUGGUCAACACGCGUAGGGAGCAGCGUGCUUGCAACCCCACGAAUUGUGGACCUGAAUUACGAUGGGAACAAGGAGAUACUCGUGCCAACUUACUCACAGUACAUUGAGGCAGUCGAUGGUGCAAGCGGUGCAGAUAUCGCUGGUUUCCCGUUUGUGCACCCAAACAUUAAAACAUACGCUAGCCCAAUUCCUGUGGAUAUCCUGGAUGACGGCGCGACAGAGUGGCUCGUUGCCAUGUACACUGGUGAACUUCUUCUAAUCGGCGGGGAAGGGGAAACACGGGGAGGGGUUAAGGUACCGUCACUUCCCAUAAAAAAACGUUGGUUCCACCGGAACAUCAGCAAUAGCGUCCCGGCGAAUGGUACGCUAGCUGAGACACCUGCCGAAGUUGUGUGGAUGCAAGAGACACUCCGCAUGAAGCGCGUAAAUGAUCUAGUAUUUCGGGAGCGCCAGCUUAACAGCACUGAUGUGAUCGGCAGCAGCAAGCUGAAAGGUCAUGACAGCGCUGGGGAAGAUGGAAAUGGAGAAUCUACAGAUGAUAAAGGCGGGGAAGUGCUGCCACGGAAAACAGUACAUGGAGCUGUUGACCAACGACCACUAAACCAAGAAGAUGCUCAGCGGAGGAGGAAAAUGGAGAAGAUCGACGAAAUGUUUGAGUUUCUUGAUCCCGAGGACGGAGCUGUAGAGGAUCCAGCGGAUGACCCCAACCACCUGGGCAGUGACGUAUCGAAAGAUCCCCGAGGUAUUGGGACUGACGGUUGGCUGAGUGCAGAAGCAAGGGAGUCCAUGGACCUGUUGUACCACCCAGAGCUGUACAAGAGUAGCAUCAACUUCGAGGAGGAAUACGACCCCUUCAACUCAAAUAACCUGCUUAACCCAACCAAUGUGGCUACUGCCGAAGACGAAGUGGCUGUCGACCCCCAUAUAAUGUCCACGCCCGUCGUUGCAAGCGUCGACGGGAGAGGAGAAACCGAUGUCGUGCUACAUGUCAGCUAUUACUUCGACCCUAGGGAUUACGAGAGGCGAGGAGUGGAACUUUCACAGGACGGCGCCCAGGUUGAUAACUAUGUCGCCGACGUCCUUAUGGUUGUCAAUCUGGCGAGGGGAGAAGUGAAGUGGCUGAAGGUGCUUCAUCUCACGACGAAGAACGACACAGCGCCGGCCUUCGCCUUUUCAUCGCCGACGGUUACGAGCAUCAAUGACAGAAAGCAGCGUGAUAUUUUCGUCACCACGACGGCAGGGGCUAUAUUCGGCUUUCAAGGUGACGGAAUGCAGUUAAAAGGGUGGCCAGUGUGGAUGAAUAGUUCGAUCACAGCCUCUGUUUCUGUGGAAGAUGUUGAUGGUGAUGGAGUGGCCGAUGUGUGCACCGGUGAUGCCCUUGGCUAUGUGGCGUGUUUCACCAAGGAGGGUAAGAAAAUAUGGAGUAAGCGUUUCUCCGGUGCUGUGGGGGAUCAUAUAGCUUUUGGAGAUAUAAACGGUGACGGAGAUAUGGACAUGGCGUUCGGCACUGCCACAGGUUUAAUCUACGCCGUGAAGGGGUCUGACGGCUCCCUGCUGCCACAGUUUCCCAUAGCAACUGAAGGUCCUAUUGUUGCCUCACCACUGCUUGUUAGGCUCGAUAACGCGUCAGAUCCCAAGCAAGUAGACGAAAAGGGGUUACACAUUAUUGUCCCCUCGCACGAUGGAGUUCUGUACAUUGUCAAGGGCACCACUGGCUGUGUAGAUGCCAUUGAUACUGAUGAAAAAUCGUCCGUGAUGGUCCUCGCUGAUGAUGUGACAGGUAACGGCAUGCUGGACCUUGUGGUAAGCACACUUAGUGGGAGUAUUAUGGUGUUCGGGACAGCCACAAAGUUUCACCCAUUAAAAGCCUGGCCAAGCAGGGUAAAGUCGUUGAAUGGCUUCACUGCUGCAGAGGGCCACAUUGGGGUCUUCAUACACCCAAGCAGUCGCGUGCCACGUGACAUCCAUGGCGACAAAUUCUCUCUCACAGUGACCAUUUACGACGACAGGAAGGGAAAAGAUACUGGGCAAUUGUACAACCUUGCUUUCACCCUUGGGCCGCAUGUUUCUUUGGGGAGGUACCUCUUCGACACCCCUGGAACCUAUGCCAUCCAGAUGCACUCUCCAUUGGUGCGCAUGUAUGGCACGGUGUCCGUUGUCCUGACUUUGCCCGACGGCCAAAUGUACGAAGAUACUUUAGCCCUUAGCUUCAACAUGCACUUCCUCGAGAGUGUGAAGUACACAUUCCUCAUCCCAUUUCUGGCGGUGUGGCUUGCGCACUCCUUUGUCAUGGAAAAACAUCAGGUACCUCUUACUGGUUAG